ACAAUUUAUUUACGAACAAACAAGCAAAUCCUCAUCAAUUUUGCAUAUUUCUCUUACAAUCCAAACAAAUCCACCAACGUCAAAGAAAAUGACCCAGAGUAACGACAAUGAGAAGCAGAUCAACGGUGGCCAGAAAAACGAUUCUGUUACUAUGCUUCUCAAAUUCAACAUGCAUUGCGACCGUUGCGCCAGAAAAGUCGUUAAAUUCGUUAGUUCUCUACAAGGUGUGGAUUCGGUGACGAGAAGGGAGAAUGAUUGGAAGAAGAUCAUGGUGGUUGGUAAAGUUGACCCGGUCAAACUCCGUGAGAUCGUGGAGGUUAAAUAUAACAAGAAUGUAGAAUUGAUAUCUCCUGCAACAAAGAAGCAUUUGGACUUCGUUAAAGACGAAAUUAAUCACAAACAAUUUCCGGUGACAACGGUAGUGUUAAAGGUGUCAUUGAACUGUGGGGGAUGUAGGGGAUGCAUCAAGAAGAUUCAAAAACUCAUCGAGGAGGCCAAAGGGUUUGUGGAGAUGUCAAUUGAUAAGAGCAACAAUUUGGUGAUGGUGAAAGGAGCAAUGGACAUGAACGUGUUGAUGAUGACACUUAAGAAGAAAUUGAAAAGACAGAUUGAGAUUGUUCAGGCGAAGGGCAACGGUGGAAAGAAGGGAAAGGGCGACGACGCUAAUGGGGAGGGGAAUGAAAGUGGUGGUCAGGGGGCAACAUUUGUCCAGGGAAAUGGUGGCGGUGGAAAGGAGGAGACUUGCAGCGACGGUGACGGGGAGGGGACAAAAAGUGGUGGUCGGGGGGCGAGAGUUGUCCAGGGAAAUGGCAACGAUGGCAAGAAGGGGCAAGGCGAUGAUCGUGCCCAGGAGGGGACAAAGAGUGGUGGUCGGGGGGCGAGAGUUGUCCAGGGAAAUGGUGGCGAUGGCAACAAGGGGAAGGGCGAUGAUCGUGGCGGGGAAGGGAAGGAAAGUGGUGGUCGAGGGCCGAUAGUUGUUCAAGGGAAAGGCGGCAGUGGAAAGAAGGGGAAGGGUGCUGGCGUCAGUGAGGGGCCGUCUUUGGUGGGGUAUAACUAUAGGAUGGAGAUUUAUGCUGGUCAAGGUCAAUACACAUAUCCGCAGUACAUAAAUCGUCCCGAGAAUACGUUUAAUUACAUGAAUGCCACUCAGAUGUUCAAUGACGAAAACCCUAAUGCAUGUGUUGUCAUGUAAUGGAUAAUUUGAAGCGAAACCGUAUACAUGGAGUAGAAACUAAAAAAAGAUAGGUUGGCUUUUUUAAUUUAUUAAAUAAUAAUUAGAGUGUUUUUAAAUGUAUAUAUGGUCGCUUUUGAUUCUUUUCACUCAUAGUUCAUACAGGGAAUGAUUUUCUUAGAUAUGAUUUAAGAUUUAACUAUGCCUACUUAUGAUUUUUUUAGUCACACCCAAAACACGUUAGUUGGUAAUUGAGAUCACACGAACGUCUUUUUGUCCGUGACAAUGUGAUAUUCAUCCGAGGUAAUACAAACAUCCUUUUAUCCGCAACGAGAUUUAAAGUGUUAUACCUAGGAGUCCAAAAAACCAUUGAACUCAUAUGAGACUUAUUAUAUUUAGUAACCAAACAAUCAUAACUCAAAGAGCUAAUCAUUUAUGCAUUCUUAAAUAAACUACAAAGUACAAAUAAUACAACUUU